CAGUAAUGUACUGAAAGAGAAAGAGCACAACCAAAAUCUUCAGAGAACAAGAGUGUUGUUCUGUGUUGUCAAAUAUUGUGACAUAUCAGGAAGUAGCUAAUAUACGUCCCUGCUAAAAGCAUCAUGAUGAGACAAGACGACAAUGAUGAAGACGUGUCCCUGUUCGAUGCAGAGGAGGAUUCUGGGCAGAAGUCAAAAAAAUCUAACUUGAAGCAUCCAGUAGCGUCAUUCUUCCACCUUUUCUUCCGAGUUACUGCGAUUUGUGCAUACCUGCUCUGUGAGGUUUGGAGUAGCAGCUUCAUCGCCUGUAUGGUCACUAUAAUCCUCCUGCUGUCCUGUGACUUCUGGACUGUAAAGAACAUCACUGGCAGAUUGAUGGUAGGUCUGAGAUGGUGGAACCAGGUGGAUGACAAUGGAGAGAACCAUUGGGUGUUUGAGUCAAGAAAGGCUACAGGAAAGCAGCAGACAGGCAACUCUGAGUCACGUAUCUUCUGGCUUGGGCUGGUGGUGUGCCCUGUUCUCUGGGUUGUAUUCUUCUUCAGCACCCUCUUCUCCUUUAAGAUCAAGUGGCUGGCUGUCGUGAUCAUGGGCGUGGUGUUACAAGGGGCCAACCUGUACGGAUAUGUGCGAUGCAAAGCAGGGGGCAAGACCAGCCUGAAGAACAUGGCUACCAACUAUUUGGGCAGGCAGUUUCUCAAACAGGCUGUGUCUAAAACUGAAGAGAUGUGAAACUCGACGAUUCUACCAAGUUUGCAUACUUCUUAACACCAUGGCAUAGAGUUUAUAAGCUGUUGGAUACGAUGGUUGUUGGGAUUGAAUGUGCAUCUGAAUGCAAAUUGAAAUGAAGUUCAGAUUUAUUUUGUUGUUGAAUACAUUUUUCUUUUAACUAUUACAUCAAACAAACAGUACGUUGUUUGACCUCCAUUGUCGUGGAGUCCGGGACUGCGAUGCAACAGCUUUUUUAAUCUGAAAGGGAUGUGGUGUGUAUGUGUUUUUUUCUACUUCUGAGUAUUGGGGCUUGGGACAUUUGGUUUGAAAUAAUCACUCUAAAUUAUUUUUACAACAUUGCAAUGACAAGACAUGGGAAUCCUCCCCUUUCUUUUCCAUACGUUUUGUUUUUGAGUGUUUGCUUUCAUUGCAUCUUCCUCAAUGAAUGGUCAUAUUGUACAUGUGGUAUAGUAAAGAUGGCUGUAACAAUGUAAUGUAUUCAAUGCAUUUGUAAAUAACUAAUGUAAAGAGA